GAUCUCUUUCUGUGACAGGGUGACCUGUUUUGCCAGGUGAAGGAGAGGCCGUGGGUGUGUCUUUCUGGACUUUGGCAAGGCCUUUGACACCACGUUUUCGUGGCAGGGGCUGAACUCACCGUCCCUGGAGGGAUUUAAAAGCCAUGAGGAUGUGGCACUUGGGGACAUGGGUUAGUGAAGGCCUUGGCAGUGCUGGGUUAGCCUUAGAGAGCUUUUCCAACCUAAACGAUUCCAUGAUUCUGUGAUUUUAUUAUCCCCUCGGAGGAUUAAUGCCACCACUAAUGCAGCUUUUCACUCGCAAAGCGCCUUAGAGGAAGUUGUGCCAGGAGAGUGCUUGGAGAGAGAAACUGAAAGUGCUGAGCAGGAGGCAGCUGCCCUCCUGAUUCCAGCCUCUCCCAGCCUGUGCAGUAGGAGUGGGCUUCCCAGCUUCUUGGUUUAUGGGAGUUUUUCGGGGAAAACACAAGAGCUCCGUGGCAGUGCAGCUUCCCAGGUGUGAAACCGGGGCAUUUCAGCUCUUCCAUUGGUCCUCUGAAAUCCAGGAGGAGCAGCCUGGCAGCAUCCCUGGUACCAAACCACGGUAGCUGUUCAAGCAGACACGUUGCGUGGCUUGGCUGCGUUGCGGCGCCCGUGCAGCCUACCCAUGAGCUCAGACUUCCAGCAUUACAGUUUCAGGAUGCCGAACAUCGGGUUCCAGAACCUUCCUCUCAACAUAUACAUCGUGGUUUUCGGCACAGCCAUCUUCGUCUUCAUCCUCAGUUUGCUCUUCUGUUGCUACUUGAUCAGGCUCAGGCAUCAGGCACACAAAGAGCUUUACGCCUACAAACAGGUCAUACUCAAGGAGAAGGUGAAGGAGCUGAACCUCCAUGAGAUCUGUGCCGUGUGCCUGGAGGAGUUCAAGCCCAAGGACGAGCUGGGGAUCUGUCCCUGCAAACAUGCCUUCCACAGGAAGUGCCUCAUCAAGUGGCUGGAGGUGCGGAAGGUGUGUCCCCUGUGUAACAUGCCGGUGCUGCAGCUGGCGCAGCUGCACGGGAAGCCGGACCCGGGCCCUCCGCAGGUGCCGCUGCCCGGCUCGCAGAACAUCGUAUAGAACAUCCCUCCCGGGCCGGGCCCGGCCCGCGCCCGCCCGCGGCGCUCGGACACAACCAAAGCACUUCGGCCGCAGCUGAGCGGCCCCGAAUCCCGCCGGGAUGAAGCCUGGGCUCGGAUCCUCCGCCAGGGCCAGGAGGGGACUCGGCGUCCUCGGCACGACAUCCUUCUUCCAGCACCUCCCUUCUCCAGCCCCGCGGCCGCCGGGAAGCGGCGCGGUGGCACCGGCGAGCUCCGGGAGCGGCGCCGCGGCCCCCGAGCUCCGGCACCUGCUGCCCCCGAGCGCGGGGCGGGCCCCGAGCGUCGCGGCCGGUUCUGCUCCCUCCUCUUCGCCUUCGGUUCCUUUGCCUUUGCGGCUCCCAGCAGGAAAGGGCAUCUCGCCCCCGGAGUCGGGUGUCCCCUCGGCACCCGGUGUCACCCCCGGUGGUGGCUGAGCGGGGUCUCCCGGGUUUGGAUUUCCCCCCACCCUCUCGAGGGUGGCUGCCCCUCUUCCUCGGCUACCUCAGGGGCCUGGAGCUCCUGUAAGGGGCACCAUCCUGGCCUCAGCAGCAGCGAGAGCCAUGGCGUGGGGGGCAGCAGCAAUCCCGGCCUUUGGGAUCAUCCCGGCGCUUCCAGCCGGGCUCUCGGGGCAGCGGUUCCCCUUGCCAAAACACCCAAACCCCUCAUCAGCGCCUGGGGGGAGCUGGGCCACCCCCGGCCUCUCGGAGCACGGUUUUUGGGUGUCCCCUGCCAUCCUCAGCAGUCGCAUUCCCGGGGUGGGGGAGGGGGGUGUCAGUAUUACGGCAGCGGCUUUCCCGGGGGCAGGGCUGGGGAAAAAACCCUCCCAAAAAAACCCGGGACUGUUUAUGGAGCGUGGAGCCUCAUAGACGUGUUUGUACACUACAAAUUCUGCAGCAGAAUAUUUUUUAAAACAUUCGCUGGUUUUGGUUUUUUUGGUUUUUUUUGUUUUCCUCUGUUUGUUUGGUUUUUUUGUAAGCUCUAUUUUUGUAUAUUUAAUUGCUAUUUGAAAAUUCUAAUAAUGCGUCUUUUUUGCUAAUCACACUCUUCUUAAAGAAAAACCAGGAAAGAAAAAAAAAAAAAAAAAACAAAACCAACCAAGAGUUUGCAUGUGAUUUGACUUGAAAUGUAAAUAAAAGCAGGUUUUGGAA